CUAACGAUGAGGCGCCUGGAACAUGAAAAGCGGAGGAAGGAGAUCAAGGAGCAGUGGCACCGGGCACAGAGGAAACUGCAAGAGGCAGAGGUCAACCUGCGCAAGGCCAAGCAGAUAUACAUGCAGCGCAGCGAGGAGCACGACAAGGCCAAGUACAUGGCGGUGAAAGCAGAAGAAGAGCAGCAGAACACGACCAGCAGCAUCACCACCAAAACCCUGGACAAGAAGAGGCGGCUGGAAGAGGAAGCCAAGAACAAGGCAGAAGAGGCGAUGGCCACGUAUCGGACCUGUGUUGCGGAUGCAAAUACCCAGAAGCAGGAGCUGGAGGACACCAAGGUGAACUCCUUGCGCCAGAUCCACGAAGUGAUCAAACAGAGCGACCAGGUCAUCAAAACGGCCACAAUCUCCUUCUACCAGAUCAUGCACAUGCAGACGGCUCCGCUGCCCGUCAACUUCCAGACGCUGUGCGAGAGCAGCAAGCUGUACGACCCCGGGCAGCAGUACGCCUCGCACGUCAGGCAGCUGCAGCGCGGAGACGAACCCGACACCCAAUACGACUUCGAGCCCUACGUGUCCCACAACGCCUG